GGGCUCCCGAGCGACGUCAUCAUUUGUAGCUCGUAUCAACCAAAUCGCCAUAGCAGGCAGCACCUUCAACCCUUCACUCUCGACCUAAUUCGGUUUCGUCUUCUCGCGUCCCUCGCCAUGAGGACGAGAAACGCCGACGCGCCCAAGCCGGCCGCCCCUAAAAGGACGCUGCGGGCAAGGAAAUCGGCCGCUAAGGCCGGCCCGGGUCCGAGCUCUGACCCGAACGACGCAGCGGCGGGCUCGGCGACGCCCCAGGUCGGCGAGACGAAGCGUGUCUCCGCCACGCGGGCGAGGCAAGCGAGGAAAACCGCCUCCACGCCGGCUAGGAAUGAGAAUGAGGACCCUACAGCCGAACCUUCGCGAGCUGAAGAAGUAGAAGCAUCUGCUAAUGCUGCUGCCGAAGUGAAACCAGUGACAAAAGUUAGGACAACUCCGAAGUCGACAGGGAGGAAAACAGCAGGACGCACUAAGUCUCCUGCUUCAACCAAAGCUUUGUCCUCUCAGAUGCCGAAGUCGCUUGAAUCUGUUGAAGUUCCUGUAGAGGAGACUUUUGAGGAGAUGGUGGUAUUAGCUGAUGCCCACGGGGAAGAUGAUAACUCAAAAAUUGAAUGUGCGCCUAAGUGUGUUGAAGAGCCUUUAGGAGGGGAAAAAACUGAUUUGGCAAUGGUUGAACCCCCCGAAGAUGUCAUUAAGCCGGUGGACAAGGAACAGGCUCUUGUACAAGUGGAAAAAGCUGCUAUUGAGGAUGGUGGGCAUCUGGUGGAUAAUGUAAAAUCUCCACUUGCCAAUUUUACAGUAUUUCAUGAAAGAGAACAAAUGCAAGUGGAAGUUGAAAUAGCUCCUCCUCCUGGUGGUGAGGAAUCUCUUAAGGAAGAGAUAAAUGCUGAAGCGACUUCAAAGCCAUCAGAUGAUCGUGAAGUCUGUGAAGUGAAGCAGGGAGAGGAAGUUAUUGAAAAAAGAGAUUUACUGAUCGGAACUAAUGCAGGGAGUGUAGAGAAAUCCCAAAAUAUGAAAGAGAAUGUCCAGGAGAAGUUUCAAGGAGAUUGUUUGCAGACUAUAGAUGAUGACUACCGGGACGAUGAUGAGGGAAUGGAGGAGUAUGGUGAUCGAUUGGACUUUGGAGAACCUGGAGAGGAAGACAUUGGUGAGGAUGAUGGAGAUGAACCUGCUGAAGAAGCAGACACUUUAGAAGAGGAGCAUAAGGAACUAUCAGCUAUUGCAAAGGAACAAAAGAUUAAGAAAGAGCAUGAAAUUUUUGUUGGUGGUCUCGACCGUGAUGCUGUAGAAGAGGAUGUGAGGAGGGUGUUUGAGAGGAUUGGUGAGAUAGUCGAGAUCAGGUUGCAUAAAGAGUUUUCAACCAAUAAGAACAAGGGAUAUGCCUUUGUUAAGUUUGCAAACAAGGAGCAUGCAAAGCGGGCCCUGGUAGAGAUGAAGAAUCCUGUUAUUCGUGGAAAGAGAUGCGGCACUGCACCCAGUGAGGACAAUGACAUAUUGUUCCUAGGAAAUAUCUGCAACACAUGGACAAAGGAAGCUAUAAAACAAAAGUUGAAGGAAUACGGUGUUGAAGGGGUAGAGAGCAUAACUCUUGUUCCGGAUGCUCUACGUGAAGGGUUGAGUCGUGGUUUUGCAUUUCUUGAGUUUUCUUGCCACUCUGAUGCAAUGCUAGCAUAUAAGAGGCUUCAAAAGCCUGAUGUUGUUUUUGGUCAUUCAGAGAGAACAGCUAAAGUUGCUUUUGGCGAACCACUACGUGACCACGACCCGGAAGUCAUGGCUCAAGUGAAAUCGGUUUUCAUUGAUGGGCUUCCUCCUUAUUGGGAUGAGGAGUGUGUAAGAGAGCAACUUAAAACUUUUGGAGAGAUUGUGCGUGUGGUCCUUGCUCGAAACAUGUCGACUGCUAAGAGGAAAGAUUUUGGGUUUGUUGAUUUUUCUAGCCAUGAGGCAGCUGUUGCUUGUGUUGAUGGAAUCAAUACUUCAGAGUUAGGUAAUGGUAACACAAAGGCUAAAGUUAGAGCAAGGCUUUCCAAUCCAAUGCCUAAAACUCAGGCAGUGAAGGGUGGAAUGUCCGGUGGAUUUCGAAUUGGUCGCGGUAGCGUUAGCACUGUUCCAAGACAUGGAAGGGGAUUUGGGUGGGGAGGACAUUCAUACAACAGAGGGAAUUACCAUAGCUGGAAUUUCCAUCAACGUGGACAUGAUCAAAGCAGCAGAAUGCAUUUUAGCUAUGACCACGAGUUUGAUAAUCCAUACUCCGAUUUUCACAGGAGGCAAUCUUCUGGGGGAGGGGGAAGAAGGGGCAUAUCACGAGGUGGUCAUUACAUGUCUGGUCGUCAUGUCCCUGUAGGCACGUCUUCGAGACCACCUAUUGACAGACCAUGGCGUGGUUAUCCCGACAGAGGCCCUGGCAUGCAUCUGCCUUCUAGGCGGUUACCUUACUCUCCUGAAGAACAAUACAACGCACAUUUUGAGGGCAGGCAGUUUGAUGACCACCACUUCUAUGAUAGUGGUGCCCAUGGUUUGAAGCGUCCCUUUCCUAUGACAGAUCAAAAUGCGGAUUACAUGGAGCCAAGUAGAGUACGUCCUCGUUUUGAUUUUACGGAUUCUUCAUUACCACUGCAUGGAAGUGUUUAUCGUGAUGCUUUUGGAGUUGGAAGUGGGCCCUAUCCACAUGAUUAUUAUGGUUCUGAUCAGUAUGGUCGAGGUCCGUAUCCAUCUUAUUAUGGGGAUGAUCGCUCUUAUGGAGGUGGCUACUACUAUUAGAUUCAAGUUCCAAGGUAAGUUUGGAAAUGCAGGAAAUGCUUCAUGGUAAUGGAGAAAGGUUCCCUGUUGCGAGAACAUCUAAGUUUGAUUACCUUUCUCCUAUAGGAUAUAUUGCUUUAGUCUUUUACAUCACAUCUACUGUCUAACAUCUUUUCAUAUCUAUCCGCAUUUCGUCAGGGAUUCCCUAUAGUUGUUAGGUUAUGUCAAGACUUUAGAGUCUUUAGAUAAGGUGGCUUGAGGAUGGGACCAAAUAAGUGAUAUCUUUUUGUGUGAAAGUAGAAAUGCAUCCUGCAUUUGCACUACGUAUGAGGAGUUUGAGGUCUUCUACCACUUGAAGUGCAGAUGUUGUACUAUGCCUCAUGGAUAUCAUGUACAGCUGGUCAUUUUUAAUGUCUUGGUUUAAUGAAAUAAAUUGAGUGAAUUUAUUGGCAGUCCGAAGUUUUGGGAGUUCAGUUUAAUUGAUGGGGAGCUGAUUUUAUAGUUAAUGAUUUUGGUGGAGACUCAUCUAGAGACAAUAUUAGCUGCUUUUAAGGGAGCUCAAUUAGGAUUUGAAUUGUGUGCAAUCGGCGGUUAUUAUGAGUGAAUACAGCAAGGAUUUCUUGCUUGAGGUGACUUCCUCCAUCAGCUUCAGGGGAUCAAGUUGUUGCCUCCAUUAAAGAUGGGCAGGUUAAAGCAGAAAUUUUGGUAAUGUACUCCAUAGGCAAUGGUGCUCCAAACAUUAGUUGGUUAAGUUUUCAGUGUAUAGCUCAGAAUCAUGUCAACUAAUGUAUCCGAACUUCUUAUGGUUUCUGAAUCCUUUGCCAUUUGACAUGGAUAAUUGCAUGAGCGUUUUAGGUGGAUGCAGAUUCCUGGGCCCAUUGAUUUUGGUUCAUGGAUGUUCUCUCUAAGCAGAAUAGUAAUCUGAUUCAGUGGUCUGUUAUUCCAUUUACUUCUGUAUGUUACGUAUUUACUGUGUAUCUUUCAUGGGAAUAUAUUUCAGUAGAUGGAAAAGUCUGCUCGGGUGCCUUGGAGUUUAGGAGCUACGAAAGUCAGUCAUGUGCUAUGGCUUAUGCAUUGGGAUUUAGAGUAGUUGGAGAUUUUGAGAAAACCUUGUCUCACCCAUUCAUUGUGGGAAUUGGGAAGAAAUAAGGGCAUAAAGAAUUUGGAGAAACUUCUAAGCGUUACGUUGACAGUGGGGUAUCAAAUGCCACGAAUUUGCAAGUUUAAAGUUCUUUCAUGUGUGAUUGUUCAUCUAUAGGUUAUGAUAUGAUUCGGAGGUCACUUGUAAUGACUCUGCAAACUUUGAAGUUGACUAUCAUUGGUUUGUCGAUGACAAAGUCCUUUACACGAGAUUUGACAUGCUCAUUAUGAUGUGAAUGGCGAUAAUGUGGAACUAGUUUGAGUUUGGGUUUUUCUAUAGGAUAGAAGUGUUUGUGCUGGCUUUAAGAAUGCUCGUGUUUGUGAUCAUCAUGAUUUUGAUGUGAAUAAUCACUGUGGAUAGUUAGGCCAUAGGAAUGUUGACUUGGUGACUUUUGAGGACAACAGCACCUGUAGUUUCUCCCUUAUUGUUUGGUAUAUGCUCUAACUAGACUUACCAUAUAUAUUCCUCACGGGCAUUGUGGUAAGGCGCAUUAGGGAGAAAUAGAAAGAGUUCUCAGAGUACUUGGUGUAAUGUGGGGUCACAUAAUCUUUGGUACGUGGUGGAAUAUCUGUUGUAAGUGGUUUUGGGAAACUUGAAUAUUUGGUGAACAUUAUUGAGGUGGCUUUAGGCAUUCACAUCUUUCAUUUACUGAGGCGAUUUUGGGAUCUUCAGUUAGCAUUACAGUUUAAUUGGUCUUCCUAAUCUUUGCCAUUCCUCUUUCUUCAUAUACUGUAGGCAGAGUUUUUAUUCUUUCUGCAUUGAAGUUGCUAAUAUUUUGAUGGCCUCUCUUUCCUUUUUAAAUGGUUUACUCAUGUAUCAUUUGAAAUCUGCAUCUUAUUCGUCCAGAAGCUUUUUCUUUUUUCUUCUAAAGAUCCGUUCAAGAAUCUGUGUUUUUAACUGCCUUGAUCAUUUAUGGAAAAAGGAAGUUUCUAAAGGAAUAAGACGCAGUUUACUUAUGGAACAGUAGUUUCUUCGAGACUAGUGAUUUUCAUCUGUUUCUAUUCUAUGUGCAUCAGCUAUGACGUUUGGUCAACUGUAAUAUAUUAGGAGUACCUUAUAGCUUUAUGCUUCUAGAUUUGGACCAUUUACUUUUCCAUUAUCUAUACCUGGUAAAGUUGUAAUUUCUUGGCAAGUUAACUGUAGCGAGACUGAUAACUGCAAGCUGCUGAGCCAUGUUGAAUUAUUGGUUUUCAUACAUUCGUUCUUUUAACUGGGUCCAUACAUGCUGUUGUCUCAUUUUUUAGACAGUUAACUGGAAAGAUGUUUUAGCUGUAUCAUCGGCAGGCAUCAACUGUUAUUUUAUACUAGUAAGAGACUUUCGGUAGAUUUCUUAG